GCUGAACGGGUUUCUGUGACUGCAGUCCCACUGAGUGAAGCUGCGGUGUUUCCUUGACUCCGCCCAUCGCGUCAGUACAGGAAGUGGCGGACUCAUCGCCUGCUCAUCAAAACAAAAACAACUCCGUGUCAAAGCUCGUAGUGUCCUUCGCUGAGCCCUGUAAAGACACGGCAGUCAUAUGACGGGGAACAUGAGAGUCAGGGGGUCGACAUGGAGCCGUAGAGCGCGCUGAGUCAACUGGCUGCUUGGCUCGAGCUUUGAAAGACAGCCUAAACGUUACAUUAGCUGACUAGCUUAAUUAACUCUUGGCUCUUCUCCUCCAUGGCGUCCUCAGCCGGGCUCCCCCCGCUCGGCCCGGACCGUGCUGCUUCAUCUUCCGGCCUUCACGCUGAUGGGAGGCCGGCUCUCCGGCCCCAUCACCCCCAUCCGGCGCACUCCACCCCCGGCUGUGUGAUGUUGGAGUCGGUGGACGACGCGGAGGGUUUGUACGUCGCGGUGGAGCGGUGCCCUCUGUGUAGCACCUCUCGCCGCAGGCUGACCUGUGCCCGGUGCGUCCAGGCCGGGGACUUCGUCUACUUCAGCGGGAAGAACACUGAAAGAUACACUGAGAAGUUUGAGCGUCUGAAGAAGCUGAAGGAGGAAAAGGAGCAGCUGCAGCAGAGAGUUAUCCAGGCCAUGGACGGAAGGCUGCAGGCUGAUGAGAUGAAGUGGAAGCUCAUGUCGUGUAAGAUGAAGAUCGAGCAGCUGAAGGAGGCAGUCGCCGGGGGCAACGAGGAGGUGAAGAGCGAUAAAGACCUCCUCCUGCGCUCUCAGGAGGAGAGUCAGCGGCUGCAGCGCCGAGCUGGACGUCACCAGGAGAAACGGGAUAAAAUCGAGCGUCACAACCGUCGCCUGGGGGAGCUGCUGGAGAGACGCAGCCGGGAGCUGCAGAGCAAACUGAGCCAGCUGGCAGCUCUGAGACGAGAACACAUACUGGAGCUCACCACUCACAUCUUCCCCUUACAGGAGGAGAAACUGGGCAGCAGAGACCCUGCCGACGUGGUGGCCGAAUGCGACCCCGCGCUGACCUCCAGCACGGUGAGUGAGCUGGCUGAGGCCAGGAGGACCACCUACCUGUCAGGACGCUGGAUCUGGGACGACCAGAACGGAGAGACCAGCAUCAGCAUCACUGGACCCCCUGUCACUCUGCCCGGUAAUGGAGACUGCUCAGCCUACUACAGCUGGGUGGAGGAGAAGAGCACCAGUCAGGGCCCAGAGCUGGACCACAUCAACCCGGCUCACACCAUCAGCGCCGCUCUCUGUUACGCCACGCAGCUCGUCACCAUCCUGUCUCAUAUCCUGGACGUCAACCUGCCCAAGAAGCUCUGCAACAGUGAGUUCUGCGGGGAGAAUCUGAGCCGCUACCGCUUCACCAGAGCCCUGAGCAAACUCAACACCAACGUCCUCCACCUGUGCUUCUCUCAGCAUGUAGACAGCGAGAAGCUCCACCCUCAUCACACUCUGCGGAACAUCAUGUUUCUGGUUUCCCCCGACAACAACAACCUGGGCAGGACGGGUCCAUUCGAGGUGAGCGCUGACCUGGAGGAGUCCAUGGAGUUUGUGGAGCCGGAGGCUGCAGGGCCGGCAGAGGAGAGCGGAGACGAGGCGGUGACGGAUGAAGAGACGGAUUUGGGGACAGACUGGGAGACGGUGCCCAGUCCACGAUUCUGUGACAUCCCUUCACAGUCCAUGGAUCUUUCCCAGAGUGCAUUGCAGGUGUCCCAGCCCUCAGCUAACACCGGAGGGAUGAUCUCCUCUGCUGCUGCCUCCGUCACCUCCUGGUUCAGAGCUUACACCGGCCAGCGCUGACCAGACCAGACCAGAACAGUGAGGGGACACGAACUGAUCUGGACUGGGGUCAGAGGACUGGCUGGCAGGUCAGAGGUGGGCGGGUCGAGAAGCUGAUCUGAACAACCAAUCACAGUCAGACUAUCAGGAUGAGAGAACUUCAUUGGAUCGAGCACAGAUGAGUCAGAACAUUCAGAGCUGCUCACAGCGUGAGGACAGUCCAGUGUAGACCUGGAUAUGGUCCAGGGGUCACCUGAUGCAAUAUGACACGUCUCUGUGUGUUCAUCUUCUUUGUUUCAUUAAGCUUAUUUUUAGGGCUGGGACUGCGUUAACGCGUUGCCAUCGCGUAUGUGUUAAUGCGAUAAUUAGCGCCAACAGUUAUUUUAUCGCACAGUUUUUUUAUCAUAAUAAUUAUUUUUAAAGUCUGACACUCACUAGCUAUCUAACCGUUGCUCACUUGCUCAAUAAAAAAAACUGUUAUUGUGCGAUAAAAUAAAAACUAAUAAUUGUCAGCGUUGAUUAAUUAUUGCGUUGAUGAUCUCGUUAACGCAGUCCCAGCCGACUUAUUUUAUACAAGUUGUAUAAGCUACCAAACACACACACCUUUGAGCACACUGAUGUUCAGUCUCUGUAUUUAAUGUUACCCCUCAGUGGUUUAUGAUGACGCUGUAAGACGUCCUGAAGGGUUGCGUCCUCCUGGACAGAUUUGACAGGUUGAGUAUCAGCUUUAGGGACCGAAGUGUCUCAGAGUGUCUCCGUGAAGCAGAGUUCUGUCUGUCGUCAGCUCAGAGGAGGAAACGCCCAGAAGCACCUCCUCACCUGUUCGAAUGGCAAAGGUCAUCUGUGAGAGAAGAUGCUCCACUCUGUAACCCAAGCGGACUGUGUCUGUAGUUCACCUGAGUGAGACCUCUUCACUGUAGAUGAUCUCAGGACAGGUUCAUUCUGCCUGUUUGAUCAAGUUUAGACCGAUGCACGUAUUGAUAAUCAAUAGAUUUGAUAUGUGCUGAUGAGAAUGAAACACAGCUGUGUUAAUGUGAGAUAUGAACACUCCAACCUGUUCUCAGAUCUGCUUCCUGACGUAUUACCAGCAGGUUUACCACAGAGCUGUAAAAGUCCUUCACCUGUCGUCCUGUCAGCUGACUGUCUGUCAGCCUGUCUGUCCUUCUGCGCACCUCAAAGGGAAAGUUCUUAUUUUUCAAGUCUUCAUGUUUGCUGUUUGUCCGUUUGCUGACGGGGACUCGUGAACGCUGCUCCUGUCAUCAUGACACUGCUUACAGACCGCCAUUGGUUGCCAUGGUGAUAACGAACACGGUUUACAAACCUGAGGAUGGCGGAGAGAAUCGGACACACACCGACACACCGUGCACACUAGACAACAAACCAGAAAGUGGACUGAUAAGCGAAAACUGAACGCGAGGUGAUGCAAUCCUGUGUGAGGUCAGACAGGUUGUUUGAAGCAAUAUCACUCUGAAGACGCCGUGUUGAUGAGAUGUUCUUCUUCCUGCUGAAGGAACAAAAUGUUUUCAACCACGUGUGAAAAUUUCUCUGUUGCCAUUAAAAAUUAAAUCUGUUUUCUGGUUUUGGA